AGCUCCGGCCCCGGAAUCCGGCGUCAUGGCGGCCGCCGCGCCCCGCGCUGCUGCUCUCGCCCCGCUUCCCCUGCUGCUCCUCCUGCUGCUCUCCGCUCCGCACGGCGGCAGCGGCCUGCACACCAAGGGCGCCCUUCCCCUGGACACAGUCACUUUCUACAAGGUCAUUCCCAAAAGCAAGUUCGUCUUGGUGAAGUUCGACACCCAGUAUCCCUACGGUGAGAAGCAGGAUGAGUUCAAGCGUCUGGCUGAAAACUCGGCCUCCAGCGAUGAUCUCUUGGUGGCAGAGGUGGGGAUCUCAGAUUAUGGUGACAAGCUGAAUAUGGAGCUGAGUGAGAAAUAUAAGCUGGACAGUGAGAAGUACCCAGUCUUCUACCUCUUCCGGGAUGGAGACUUUGAGAACCCAACCCUUUAUAGUGGGGCAGUUAAGGUGGAAGCUAUCCAGCGCUGGCUAAAGGAGCAUGGGGUCUACCUUGGCAUGCCCGGUUGCCUGCCCGCAUAUGAUGCUCUUGCUGGGGAGUUCAUCAAGGCCUCUUCUGUGGAGGCCCGCCAGGCCCUCUUGAAGCGAGGGCAGGACAACCUGGCAGAUGUGAAAGAGACUGAGAAGAAGUGGGCCAAACAAUACCUGAAGAUCAUGGGGAAAAUCUUAGACCAAGGUGAAGACUUCCCAGCGUCAGAGAUGAGCCGGAUUGCCAAGCUGAUUGAGAAAAACAAGAUGAGCGACAGUAAAAAGGAAGAACUCCAGAAGAGCUUGAACAUCCUGACUGCCUUCCAGAAGGGGGCUGAGAAGGAGGAGCUAUAAAAAGGCACGCCAGCGUUUUGGGGGGUGGGGGUAGGGAGAGUUACCUACUGGCUGUCAGGUUCUCCUGGGAUUUGAUGGUGUCGAGGAAGAAGUGGCAGUAUACUGGAAAUCUGAGUAUGCCCGGACACUGCUUGGGACAUCUCUAGAGCCAGUCAGGGCAGAGCUGGAACACUUAUUCAGAGGGCUUGUGAAAUCCCCCCCUCAGAAGGCAUUGGUGCUAUAAAGAGUGUACUGCCCAGGUCCUUGACAGAUGUAAUUCUGAUCCAAUUAAAGUUUUGUUGUUUUGUUUAAGUGGAUCUGGAGCCAUUUGGUUUUCCUUUACAAAUUAUACUUUGCCCUGGUGACCUGCUUUUCCCUUCUGAACUUAUUUUACAUUCCAAGCGGGUAUAAACUCUCCUGGUAACACUAGAAACUGGUGCCAGCUCAAGGCCUGUCUGUUACUUUCCACUGGUAUUGUUUCAGCUGGCCUGAUUGUGGUUAGUAAAAUGCUUGGUCCUUAAAAAUUGAAUGACAUUAAUGAACCUUGCUGUAGUUACUUUCCAUACUCCAUGAGAUAUUUAUAGCAACUUCUUAGUUUUAUUGAUAUAAUUGGGUGGGAUUUUGAAUAAUUGGAUUUAGACAGCUGAAUAACAAUCCAGUUUGAAAGUUUUUCAAAAGGGAUUUCCACCUGUUACUUUGUCAGUCACUCCACUAUGUACCAGCUUUAAGAGCAGAGUGGGAGAGCAUUGCACUGACUCAAGUCUGCUGUCAGGAGUAGUGAAUAGUUACCUGCAGUGGUAAAGCUUCAUUACACCCCCACUUUCAUAUUUAGCUAUUUUACCCUAUCAUUGCAGCUCCUUGAAAUGUCUGAUUACUCUCACACAAAUUUAAGUUGAAUGGAGUGAGCAAACAGUCUUAAAUUGUUGGUGUUCUGUCACUUAGGCCUGAUUGGUAUUUAAAGUCAUUGCAAAUGAAAACUGCAGGAAAAUCCAUGUACUGAAUUGAAUGGAACAAAAAAUUACAGGCUAAUAGUUCCAAUCAGACAUAAAAACUGAUCAAACUUAAUUGCUUGCUAGUAGCCAACACAGGUACUCUCUACAUUUGAUUAAGAAUAUAACUUUCAGGGCCUCCCUGGUGGUGCAAGGGGUUGGGGCGUGGCCUAUGAAGCUAUCUGCAGCCACUGCAGCACGAGUUCAAUCCCUGUCCAGGGAGCUACUCACAUGGCACAGCAGACCUCUCCUUUCUCGCCCGCUGCUCCCCUCAGCAGUGUAUUUCCGUCAGUCAGCCUGUUCUAUUCCCUACUCUCUCUGGUGAAUACCUUCACCCCCCCAUACCACUACCCCAGUUCUUGUGUGCAUAAAUAAAUCUUUAAAAAAAAAAAAA